AGCUGAUCCCAAAGCUAACAACCCUUCUUCGAUCAUUUCUCUCUAAUUACUACAAUCUCUCUCGAACCUGUAAACAUCCCCUCAUCUCCUCCUCCUCUCCCUCCUCAAAGUCAUCAUCAUCAUAUCUACCUUUUACUCUUCCUUCUCACCUGCAAGUCCUGCUUCACCCAGUACACCUUCUCUUCUCUUCUCUCAUCUCCUCAAAGUCAUCUACCUUUAUUCUCUCUCUCUCUCUCCCCCUCUAACUCUUUAGUUGAUUAAAGGAUUUAAUUUUUGCCUCACAUGUUACUACUCCAUUUGAUGUUGUCCAUUCGCAUAUAUUCCAUCUCUGCAAAAGAUACUCCUUUUUUCGUUUCCAACUUCUUUGGAAUUCUUUAAUUUUUUAAUUACAAAAAAAUUCGACAGAAAUAAGAAUUGUUCGGAGAAGAUCAAGGAAAUUCCGGUGGUGGUGACGGCUAGCUUGGAGGCACAAAUGGCCGCUCCACCUAGUACCCGGCUGCAAAGUAUGUUACAGACGGCGGUGCAAACUGUUCAAUGGACAUAUAGUCUCUUCUGGCAGUUGUGCCCUCAGCAAGGGAUCUUAGUAUGGGGAGAUGGGUACUACAAUGGAGCAAUCAAGACUAGGAAGACAGUACAGCCAAUGGAGGUGAGUGCCGAGGAGGCGUCGCUCCAAAGAAGCCAGCAGUUGAGAGAGCUCUACGAUUCACUCUCUGCCGGAGAGUCAAACCAGCAAACACGGCGGCCUUGUGCUGCCUUGUCACCGGAGGACUUGACGGAGUCCGAAUGGUUCUACCUAAUGUGUGUCUCCUUCUUUCCGAUUGGUGUUGGUUUACCGGGAAAAGCUUAUGCGAAGAGGCAACACGUGUGGCUUACUGGGGCGAACGAGGUUGAUAGCAAAGUUUUUUCUAGAGCUAUUCUCGCCAAGAGUGCUCGGGUUCAGACUGUAGUAUGCAUUCCUCUAUUAGAUGGUGUUGUUGAACUUGGCACAACUGAGAAGGUUCAAGAAGACAUAGGAUUCGUACAACACGUGAAGAGUUUUUUCGUGGAUCACCACACUCCCCAGCCUCCAAAGCCGGCUCUCUCCGAGCACUCCACUUCUAACCCCGCCACCUCAUCUGAUCACGCACGUUUCCACUCCCCUCCAUUGCCAGCCGCCAUGUACGCAGCGGUUGAUCCUCCAGCGAUUGCCAACCAAAUUGACGAGGAGGAAGAAGAAGAGGAAGAGGAGGAGGAGGAAGAAGAAGAAGGCGAGUCGGACUCGGAAGCUGGCACGGAGGCUCAGAACCCUCUCGUUCUCCCUCAGGGUGUAGCUGUGGCUCAUCAUGCAGCUGCCGAGCCAAGCGAGCUUAUGCAGCUGGAAAUGUCUGAGGAUAUCAGGCUUGGCUCCCCUGACGACGGCUCGAAUAACUUGGACUCGGAAUUUCAGUUGCUAGCCGCAAGCCAAGCCGGAAACCCGGCUGAUCAACAUCGCCGAGCUGACUCGUAUAGGGCUGAGUCGAUUCGGAGGUGGCCCGUGUUGCAGGAUCCCUUGAGUAGUAGUCUUCAAGCUCAACCACCUUCAGGAGGACCUGCAUUGGAGGAAUUGAAUCAAGAGGACACGCACUACUCUCAAACAGUCUCCACCAUUCUCCAACACCAAUCAAGCCGGUGGUCAGAGUCCUCCUCUUCCGCCACCGGCUACCUCAUGUACUCCUCUGAAUCAGCAUUCUCCAAGUGGAUGCUCCGUCCCUCCGACCACCAACACCACCACCACGUUGCCGCCGUAGACGGCACCUCCCAGUGGCUCCUCAAAUACAUCCUCCUCAGCGUCCCCUUCCUCCACACCAAAUGCCGCGACGAGAAUUCCCCCAAAUCUCGCGACGCCGCCGACUCCGCCUCCCGAUUCCGCAAAGGAACGCCGCAGGACGAGCUCUCCGCCAACCACGUCCUCGCCGAGCGCCGCCGCAGAGAGAAGCUCAACGAGCGCUUCAUCAUUCUCAGAUCUCUGGUCCCCUUCGUCACCAAAAUGGAUAAGGCUUCGAUUUUGGGGGACACCAUCGAGUACGUGAAGCAAUUGCGGAAAAAAAUUCAAGAUCUCGAGGCUAGGGCACGCCAGAACGAGAACGAUCAACGGUCCAGAUCAUCUUCGGACCCACAGAGAACGAGUAGCUUGAGCUUGAAGGAGCAGAGGAGUGGGAGUGGGGUCACCGCUUUGACGGAUCGGACUCGGGUCGGGUCGGAUAAAAGGAAGCUGAGGAUUGUGGAGGGGACUUCCGGUGGCAAGCUGAAGGCAGUGGAUUCUCCUCCGCCGGCGGAGCUUCCGCCCCCGCCGCCGCCUCCACCGCCGCCGCAGCCGAUGGAGGGAGUGACGAUGCAGGUACAGGUGUCGAUAAUAGAGAGUGAUGCGUUGGUGGAGUUGCAGUGUCCGCAUAGGGAAGGGUUGUUGUUGGAUGUGAUGGUGGUGCUCCGGGAGCUUCGGGUGGAGGUCACGGCUGUGCAGUCGUCGUUGACUAAUGGGGUCUUUGUUGCUGAGAUGAGGGCCAAGGUGAAGGAAAAUGUAAAUGGGAAGAAACCAAGUAUUGUGGAAGUAAAGAGGGCAAUUCACCAAAUCAUACCCCAGUACUAAUGACACUCUCUCUCUCUCUCUCUCUCUGUGGUUAUAGUAUGUUGUUGCUCACCAAUUAAUGAUCUGACGGAGCAGUGAUUAUGUUGUUAAUAAGAUAAAUUUAAGAAGGCAUUCUUAAAUGUAAUCUUGUAGAAUUUAUGCCACAACUAAAAACUAAUUAUCUACCAAGCAAAGCAAUAUAUAUAAAUUUGUUUCCUCUUAUUGUUAAA